ACGAACUUUUCCGUGCCACGUGACGCACAUUCAACAAACUGCUCAGCACGGAUACACAGUCAUUGAUACACACACACGUGUGCACGUCUCCCAUAGUGGUAAUUGCUUUCAUUACCUUGGAGGAGAUGUUUCGGAGGUUUAUUUGCAGAUAUAGAGCAAAGUUUAUUUUGAUCACCACAACAUGAAAACGUGGCUCUUUAGAAGAUUCCAUAAUCCUCGUGCGAAAUGGUGGAGCAUACCAUCUUUGGUAAUUGUCGCGCUCCUGUAUGUGUGCUAUGUGUGUCGGAGAGAACAACCACAAGCCAUCCGAAACACAUCAGACCUUACAUGGAGAAAUGCUAGUUUGCGGAACAUCCUGGUUAAUAACACAAUUUCCGGAGAAUUACAGAAACGAGUACGGAUCUUAUGUGUUGUCCCAACAACGAUCCAGAACGAACAUACGAAAGCCCAUGCAGUGAAUGCGACGUGGGGGGCAAGAUGUAACAAACUGCUGUUCGUGUUUGUUGCUCACCAUUCCAAGUUCAAUCAUAUAUCAUUGGACGUCCUCGACGGUCGCGAUCAUCUGACAGCCAAAACUAUGCAAGCUUUGGAAACGGUUUACAAGGAAUACGGUGAUGCCUACGACUGGGUCCUGAAAGCGGACGACGACAGUUAUGUGAUCAUGGAAAAUCUACGUUUUCUUUUAUCAAAAUUUUCCCCACUUGAACCGGUUUACAUUGGUUAUCAUUUUAAGGUUUUGGUUCACAAUGGUUAUAUGAGUGGGGGCGGAAGUUAUGCUAUUAGUAAGAAAGCUCUACGCUUGCUUGUUGAGAAAGGCUUUGGAGAGGAUGAACCUUGCGCUAAAGACGGUAACGAUGAGGAUGUGGAUGUUGGUCGCUGUAUGGAGACGAUAGGCGCCAAAGCCUACGUGUCUUAUGACAAGUUUGGAAGAGACACAUUUCACCCUCAACGAAUUGAACAGCACAUAAUCGGUCCUUUACCAUGGUAUCUCAAAGUGUAUCCGGCACACCCAGUCCAAGCAGGUCCGGAGUGCUGCAGUCAGUUAUCCAUCAGCUUCCAUUACGUCUCGUACCACCUGAUGUACAUCAUCGACAUCCUCCUCUACAGGAUCACCGUCUACGGCAACUACGACCCCCCAAUAGGAGACUUUGAGGAUAUGUUUUUCAAAAGAGUAUCAGAAAUACAACAUAAAACCAAAGAUGAGGUUUUCGCAAAUUAUAUUCCAGAGGAUAUUCCAGACUUCGUACCACAAGAACUUGAAUAAUCCAAGCCAAAAGAGUAGCCAGUUUGAACAGUAUUGUAGUUAUAUCAUGGCGUAUCAGAAUGAAGAAGGAAGAAAAACAAAGGUGACUUUGGUGGAAGCGUCGUCAAUACUUCAUGGAUUUGAACACCCUACGUUCCUUCAUCCCCGGUGUAUUCAUAAGGCUGCUAUUCCCUAUAACAAUGAUGCAUGUCAAUUCUAUUCAGGUAAUGAAAUGGGGAUAUGUGUAACUCAUUGAAGUUAAAUGAACCCCAUUCCGUGCAUGAUAACUAUUAGGGCUGGGCCGAGUCAAGAUUUACAACCCGGGUACCCACCCCCUACUACCCGACCCUCCCCGGAUACCCACUGUAGGCCUCAAGAGAUAGGUACAAAAUGUCCGAUUGGGAAUCUUUUUACCAUAACCCUGGCAAAACGUAUUGAGACACAUGAAUUAAACAUUCUGGUCAUGCAUACACUGAAGUUGACUUAAGUUAUAUCUUUAUUCAACCAUAUUAAAGUCAGAUGGAAUGGGUGCAUAUUUUUUGUCAUUAAACAAUGUUCUGUGGGUACCCGGGUCCUACUCAGUAGCCACCCAAAUAAAGUAAUAUAUUGUAGGCUUCUUGGGGGUCCUCAUGAUAUUGAUAAUAUUUUACACCAGUAUCCAACACUAUGAACAAGUGAGUUUAUAUACAUUGUAUAUCGGCCACAUUCACCAUAAACUAUAGCAUUUGGUAUAUGUGGUCAAGUUUUUAUAAGCCAGUAAGUGGAUUGUCUCUGCGCUCUCAGAUCUAUUGAUCCCCCAAAUUUCAGAUGAUUUCAAAAGAAUCUGACUAAUCUGACAAUCAAAUAAGUUUGAGAACACUUUGGGGGCAGUAGUUGAUAUUGUUCUUGUUGUUGUAAGUAACUCAAAUGAAGCCUUUUUGGCACGUAGGACUAGAUCAGCAACAUAUUAACUGAGGCUAUACUUACAAGUGUAGACUAAUCCUAUAUAUCGAUAAGUAUUAACAACCUCUAAAACUUGACCUCUAUAACGCCAAACUUUAGCUUUAACUGAUACGUUUCCUCCUCUUCUAAACACAAUAACAUUUGAUCUGUGCAAGUUAACAGUCAUUCACCACUUAUCUGCAUGUGUAUCUUAAAUAUUUAUCUGACGCUGUAAACCACAUAUAGUAUCAGAAACGACAAUUACAUCAUCAGCAAAUAACAACAUUAAUACUUCUACUAUAUCUGGAAAGAGUAGAAUCCCAUGAGUUCCAUUUGCCGUAACAUCUGUAGCUAA